AUUUUGUCGUGAAGGUACUAAUGAUUACUAUAAUAUGCCAUGGUGAAUGAGGAAAAAAGAGCCACACACAAAACAACAGUCCCCAUUAAUCGAAUGGCCACCAACUCAGAAAUUCCAACCAUUGAUCUUUCUCCUUUCUUCAACCUAGUUGAUGAUGAUGAAGACAAGAGCAAGAAGAAAGUUGCAGAAAUGAUUAUCGAAGCAUGUUCUGAAUAUGGAUUUUUCCAGGUUGUGAAUCAUGGGGUGCCUUUACAUCUGCUCAACAAAACAAUGGAACUUUCGAAGAUAUAUUUCACUUUUCCAGAUGAAGAGAAGCUCAAAUGCAGCCCUAAAGCCGGCGCACUUCUUCCGGCGGGUUAUAGCAAGCAGCCGGAGGUCUCGCCGAAUAAGAAUGAGUAUCUUGUUAUGUUUUCUGCUGACACCGGCCACAAUUUGCUGCCCACAAAUCCACCUGAAUUCAAGGAAUCCCUGGAAGAGCUGUUCAGCUAUCUCUCCAAGACUAGUCAAAUAUUGGAGAGCAUCAUAAAUGAUUGCCUUGGUCUCCCUCCCAACUUUCUCAAAGAAUUUAAUCAUGAUAGGAGCUGGGAUCUUUUGGUGGCCUUUCAUUAUUUUCCAGCAACUGAAAUGGAAGAUACUGGACUACUUGAACACGAAGAUGUAAACUGCAUUAGUUUUGUGGUUCAAGAUGAAGCCGGCGGUCUUGAAGUUCGAAAGGAUGGUCAAUGGAUUCCCGUCGUCCCUGAACCGGGCAAAAUUGUUGUGAAUAUAGGCGAUGUCAUUCAGGUACUAAGUAACACUAAAUUUAAAAGUGCUACUCAUAGAGUUGUGAGGCCGAAAGGAAGAAGUAGGCAUUCCUUGGCCUUUUUCUACAGUUUACAUGGAGACAAAUGGGUUGAACCAUUGCCACCAUUUACUAAAGAGAUUGGAGAGCCAGCAAAAUACAAAGGGUUUUUCUAUAAGGAGUACCAGGAUAUGAGAAGGAAGAGCAUGACUCAUACACCAGCCAGAGCUGAGGAUAUCAUCCGCAUCACUCAUUAUUCUGUUUGAACCCCUUGAGAUAAUACGCACAUCCGAGAUUGUGGGACGAAAGGAGGACAAAUUAAGAAAAUUGGGUGCAGCAACAUAAAUUCAUUCAUUGCUAGCAAAAGAUAUAAAUUUUGAGUGCAGAGGUUUGGACUGCCAUGCGAUUUUUAGUUUAAUCUCUCCCUCUCUCUUUUGUUUUUUUUGGGAGAGUAAUUUGUGUUGCUUUACUAUUUGAACUUAAUUGUGAUACUGUGGGUUAAAGCAUGUACUUCUGAAACUUUCUUCUUUAUUGGAUUUAAAAAAAUCAUAAAAUACUGUUAUUAAGUUAUUUGGACGCUCCUAGCUUAAACUACAAUGUUUAUGGUGCUUAUGUAUUUAUUUAUUUUUUUGCUAAUACCGAUUGUUGGUCGGAAGAUGAGUAGUAUUCACAAAGACUAAGAAAAUAUGAAUACAAAAAAAUUCGAGA